CGACUGCAGAGGCCGCGCGCUGCAUCCCCGGCCCGGCCGCGCUGCUGCGCAGGACGCGGUGAGGCGCGCGCCGAGGCCCGGGAGCACCAGCCGGGAGCACUACAGGGCGCGCGAGCAGACGCGUGGCCACAAGGCCUGGGCGGGGUCUCCUCAGGGUCCCCAGAUUCGGUCAGAAACGAAACUGAAAGAGGGGCCCGAGGGAGGCGGAGCUGCGCCGACGCCACCCAGGCUUGCGAGGCCCGGACCCAGGCGCGGCCAGGUGUGCUCCAGCCACCAUGGCUCAGGAUGGCGUGGAGUUGGAGAAGAGCGUCAGGCGCCUCCGGGAGAAGUUUCAUGGAAAAGUAUCCCCCAAGAAGGCAGGGGCUCUUAUGAGGAAGUUUGGCAGCGACCACACUGGAGUUGGGCGCUCUAUCGUGUACGGUGUCAAGCAGAAAGAUGGACAGGAGCUGAGCAACGAUUUGGACGCUCAGGACCCACCAGAGGACAUGAAGCAGGACCAAGAUAUCCAGGCAGUAGCCACCUCUCUGUUGCCCCUGACGCAAGCCAAUCUUCGAAUGUUCCAAAGAGCCCAAGAUGACCUCAUCCCUGCCGUGGACCGACAGUUUGCCUGCUCCUCCUGUGACCAUGUCUGGUGGCGCCGUGUGCCUCAGAGGAAGGAGGUGUCCCGGUGUCGAAAAUGUCGGAAGCGUUAUGAACCAGUGCCAAACGACAAGAUGUGGGGUCUGGCAGAGUUCCACUGCCCAAAGUGUCGCCACAACUUCCGCCAUCCCCUCAGCCCCUUACAGCCCUGCUGGCCCCCAGGGGCUGGGCACAGAUGGGGUCCCCAUCACCCUGCUACGGGUGCGGCUUCCCUGUGUAUCCCACUCGGAUCCUGCCCCCACGCUGGGACCGUGACCUGGAUCGCCGCAGCACACACACCCACUCCUGCUCAGCUGCAGAUUGCUACAACCGGAGAGAGCCCCAUGUGCCUGGGACCUCCUGUGCCCAUCCCAAGAGCCGGAAGCAGAAUCACCUCCCCAAAGUCCUGCACCCUAGCAACCCCCACAUCAGCAGCGGCUCCACAGUGGCCACAUGCCUGAGCCAAGGAGGCCUCCUGGAUGACCUGGACCACCUCAUCCUGGAGGACCUGAAGGAGGAGGAGGAGGAGGAAGAAGAGGAAGAUGGUGGGCCCCGAGAGUGACCCUGGCCAGGUGCACGAAGGAAUGACAGACACAGUGAAUGGACACCUCCUGUUGCUAUAAGAUACCAGCUCAAGGAGAUAGGAGCACCCUUGGGGGGGUACUCAUGGGACAGUCACAACCGCACAAGCCGGGUCAGCAUAGCAGCCUUCUUCAGAGAGUACGCCCCACCACGGAACUCGGCCCAGUAGACCCCGUCCUGGUAUCGGCUCCGGUAAUGACCUCCGUGAUACCAUACACCAUUGAGGUUGGAGUGGGCGCAGGCAUGGUACCACCAGCCCCCACGAUGGUAGAGGGCACAGUUGCCUGAGGGGGGAGAGAGAGGAGAGAGAAAGAGACAGCAUUCGUUUUCCCACCAAAAUAAAAGUAUCUACCAGCACUUCUUUGUGCAAAGCUUUUGCAAGCAAGCAUUCCUCAACCUUCCAUAUCUUAUUGAAUAGAAGCCCUGAUACUCCAUUUCUUCACCAAAAUAAAAGGCUGUGGCUUCUCACUUUCUUCUUCA